UUCCCCCUCCAAGAUGGAGGCCUUAGGGGGCUACCCUACUAAGUCCUCCAACCCGAAAGCGAAGACGUUGACGGUCCUGGUGAGCAUGACAGUCGGCGUCGGCUGUUUGUUCCUCCUGCAGACUCAGUUGAAGCCGAGGAAACCGACGGACUUUUAUUCGUUCGAGGUGAAGGACGCAAAGGGGAGGACGGUGUCUCUGGAGAAGUACCGAGGAAAAGCGUCUUUGGUUGUAAACGUGGCGAGCCACUGCGAGCAGACGGAAGCCAACUACGUGUCCCUGCAGGAGCUCCACCGGGAGCUGGGCACCUCUCACUUCAACGUCCUGGCCUUCCCGUGCGGUCAGUUUGGGGACACCGAGACCGGGACCAGCCGGGAUAUCGAAGCGUUCGCCAAGUCCACCUAUGGCGUCACCUUCCCGUUCUUCAGCAGGAUCAAAAUCAUGGGCUCGGAGGCGGACCCGGCCUUUAAAUUCCUCACAGAUUCGAUGCAGAAAACCCCCAAGUGGAACUUCUGGAAGUUCCUGGUGAAUCCAGAGGGGACGGUGGUCCGCUUCUGGCGAACGGACGAGCCCGCCGAGAGCGUUCGACGAGAGGCCACGGCGUUGGUGCGAGAAAUCAUCCUGAAGAAACGGGUGGAGCUAUGAUGGUCCGACAACAUACCGGACACACAUCUGCGUGAAUAUGUGUGUGUGUCUUUUUAGCAGCAAGGACAUGACUGAACUCUGAAGUGUUACAGCAAGCGAGGUUGGGUGAAACAUGCAGGAGGAAAAGAUCCACUUCAAGUCAUUCACAAAGUGUGUCUUUGUGUGUGGGGGAGGGGGGACCAUCCUGCGGUUAAUAUUGAUGAUGGACAUUCCUUACCAUGACCACUGCUGCAGCUGAAGGAUUGUUCAGCCAUCACAGUGUUUUUUUUGUUGUUUUUUACAAAUGAUUAGUUUGGCGUAGUGUCUUCUUUGAACCAUCUCUCUCUAAUGUUUACAUUAAACUUUGUUAUGGUGGAGCAUAAACCUUUUUAGCCCACUUUGACUUAUUUGAGCCCGGCAUAUUGUGAAACAUCCAUCCAACAAUAAAAUUCAGUCAUGAUCACUUGA